AUGGGGAUAGCAUUCUCGAACGUGACAAUCCCAGAAGACGAAGCGGUAUACCCUCAUAUAUGCGUGAAGAAUUGUCGUGUGUCCGUCAAUUUCGGCACGUUUCCCGGUGGCGAAGAGGAGUGGCUCAAGCGUCCGGAGUGGACAUUUCCAAACUCUCUUCCAAGCUCACAAACGGAGCGUGCUCCUAUUCCACCGGAGAGUAAAUCUGAUUGCACUGUACUUAUGAUGGUUGGCUUACCAAGUGUGGGAAAGACUACCUGGGUUCGGCGUUAUAUACGUGAGCAUCCCAAGGAACACUGGACGCUUAUCAGUGCUGAUACCAUCUUAGCUUCCAUGAAGGUGAACGGCGUGUCAAGAAAUAGCAGUCAUAUAGGGCGAUGGGAUAUGGUUCUCGGUUUAGUUGGAAAGGCUCGGAACAGGUUACUUUCUUUGGCAGCUCGCCGUAGACGUAAUUACAUCCUCGAUUUCACCAAUUGCGAUCCAGAUACGCGGAAGAAGCGUUUAGCUCUUUUCGAAGGAUUUUUCAGACAG